AUGAGGCAGCUAGGAGAGCUGCGAGGUGCUGAUCGCCAGCAUCAACGAUGGCAGUCGGCGAGUACCAGAAUAUCUCCCGUCACCUUGGACUCUUGCAGCACAGCCCAGCCAGCCGGCGCCGAGCUUGUGCUAACCACCCUGCCGUACUGUUAUGACCUGGACGCUGACCACCCUAUCGACGAGGAGGACCGUUCUCCAAUGCUGGUUUCAGAGAGCAAUCUUGAUCAAUGUGUAAACAACAACUAUGUUCCUACAAAGGGUGAUCCCAAUGAACAAGGAGAUGACAUCCAAGAUGAACAAGUAGAAGAAUAUCCCACUGAAUGUGUAAACAUACUAGAUCCAAGUAACUCAGAAAUUAAUUAUGGUGCACACAAUAACCUUGAGCAAUAUAUGGAGGACAUCCAUGAAGAAACCGCAGAGGAUAACCAUGACAUCAUAGAGGACAAUCAUGAUGAAAUCACAGACAACAACCAUGAUGAAACCACAAAGGAUAAUUACUAUGACCAACUGGCUGAGGACAACCAUGAUCAACUCGCUGAGGACAGUCAUGACCAACUCGCUGAGGACAACCAUGAUAGGCAACUUUUUAGUGAUGAAGGGAACAUUUUUAUAGUCAUAACAGCAAAUCAAAACUGUGACGAAGUGCAAGAAGACUUUUUAAAUGUACUAGAUGGAACUGUAGUUACAAUUAUUGAAGAAGAUACACAAAGCAUUAAUGAAGGUGAUUUUGUCACAGAACUUUCUUCUAAUGAAUCAGUACAAACUUUGGUAUUUACUCCGGACAAGUCUCCUCACCCUACUCCUGAGGACGAACAAAUUCAACAGACAAUCACUGAAGGCACUCCAGAUGAUAUUGACAGCUUGCCUGUCCAGAAGAAGCCUAGGAAAAGAUUACAAACUCCAGAUAACUGGAAAAUAAACCAAAGGAAAAGAAAACACCAGGCAGGGGAAGAAUAUAUCAAUCAAAAAGGUAAACUAAUUCAUAAGAAAGAAAUUAAAACAAAAAAAGACUGCCUAAACAAUUGCAAAUUCUUUUGCAAUAAGAAGAUUACUUGCGAUGAAAGACAGGCAGUAUUUAAGGCUUUUUAUACUUUAAAGACGCAAAAUGAGAAGUACAUGUUCUUAAAAAAAUCUUACUGAAAGAUCGCUAACAGCCAGAAAACAAAAUAAAGGUGUUGAAAACUCUGUAUCAAGACGUCAGUUUUCUUUUCGAUACUAUUUUAAUAUUAACAAUGAAAGAAUCCAGGUUUGUAAAACCUUCUUUUUAAGCACUUUAAGCAUUUCUCAGAAACCAAUUUAUAAUGUCCAUCUUAAGAAAGACCCUGAGACUGACCUACCAAAAAAUGACCAAAGAGGACAUAACAAAAGUACUGUGAUUCCUGCUUACGCUAAAAAUGAUGUCAGGAUACAUAUA